AUGGGUGUCGCAGUUUCGGCCGCCAAACGUGCUAUAAGGAAUUGGAAUUCUACAAAUCGAGCAUUGAGACACUUUGAUAAGGUAGAAGCUAAGAGAAAAGCGGUCCUAAGCAGCUCAAAAUUUGGGAAAAGCUCAUGUCAAUAUGAAGAAGCCUUAGCUAAAAAGGACGCUGAUUUGGAAGGACGUGUUGCAUCAUUUGAUAUAGCAAGUGAGGGAGUCAAAAGUUCGAUCUUGCCUGAGGGUUUCAAUUAUGUUCUAAAGUCCAGUCGGAAACUGCCCCAGAGGCUUGAAUUUGGUAGUCCGCUGCCCCCUCCCCAUCUUGUUUUCGGGUUUGCUGUGCCCGAGUUUAUUCCAGAGGGAAAAAUCACGAUGCAGCAGGCCGUAGACAUGAUAAGGUCUUAUCAACUUGAAGAGAAGACGGUGUUCCAACUCGCUGAGGACUAUGGCCUUGAUAAAUCCAUGGUUUCCUCACCAGAAUUGGAUGAUGGAUCUGAUCCUGUCUUGCGAGAAAUUGCUGCCCAAGAAUUCGCCUCUCGUAGGGAAGCAAUGAGGUCGUUGGAGAAUCAGAUUAUGGAACUACUGCUGCCACCCGACCCAACAGCAAAAUGCAACUCAGUGCGCCUGCAGCUGAUAGCUGGGGCUGGGGGUUUGGAGGCAGCAAUGUUCGCUCGUGACCUCUUCGCCAUGUACGAAGCUUAUGCCUGCCACCGUGGUUGGCGUCUUGCAUCUAUUACUGACGGCGGAGCAAGGGAGUCUGUCGUUGGUGCAGACAGUCCGAUCCACCAUGUGGAAGUUCGUGUGGAGUCGUCCAGCCCCAUAGAUCCUGUGUAUCCUUAUCUCCGAUGGGAAGCUGGUGUACACCGUGUUCAGCGUGUACCACUUACAAGCAAACUAAACAAGAUCCACACCAGCACUGUCGCUGUUACCAUACUCCCGGUGGAAGUGGAGUUGGAUCCGGAGGACUUGGAGUGGGAGGUGUUCCGUGCUUCCGGUGCUGGGGGCCAACACGUGAACAAGACGGAGAGCGCAGUACGUGUGCGUCAUAGGCCCACGGGGCACGUCGCUGCCUGUCAAGCUGAUCGCUCUCAGCAUGCCAACCGGGGAAAAGCCCUUCAGUUACUCAGAGCCAAGCUUGCAAACGAAGUGGCUAGACGGCAGGUGGAGACUGAAAUGGUCGAAAAGCGUUCUCAAAUAGGCUCGCUGGCUCGAUCGGAUCGCAUUCGCACUUACAACUACCAACAAGACCGCAUCACCGACCAUCGUCUUGGACGCUCCUGGAGUGGGUUGGCCACUGUCAUGCGUCAGGGCCUUCCUGUGGUGAACGAAACUGCAUUCGCUCUUGAUAUAGCCUAUAAACUCGCUGCGCUUGCUUCUCUUGAUAAGCCUUACUUUUUAUGCUGA